AUGAGGCUGUAUGUGAUCAUUCCACUGUGUGCUCUGCUCACCGUCACCAAGCAGGAGUGUACAUGCGAGCUGAAUAACUCAGAGAGAAUAUUCCCCCAUGAAAAACUCAGAAAAGUUGAAAGUAGUACAUCAGACUGCAAAAGCAACAUCAUCCCACAGAAGUCUGUGGAGCUGAAGAGUCUACUGCAGGGGUUGGAGCAACGUCUUACCCAGCUGAGCAAAGAUGUGCUGAUUCUGGAAAAGGAGGAUAACGGAGAGCUGUAUGGCGUUCUCAGCCUGUAUGUUAUAGAGAAUGAAAUGACUGAGAUCAAGCAGCUGAUUGACAAGCUCAACAGCACCACCCAGGAACACCAGAUCCUCGCUGCUAGCGCCACUCGCCAGCUGGAGAUCAUGAAAACAGAAAUGAAAGCGCUGGAGAAGUUCGACACCAUGCAGGUGAUAAAGGGACGACAAACCAUCGAGGUUCUGAGGACAGACCUGGACAGUUGCAAAAAGGAAGUGAAGGCACUCACCCAGCUUCCACAGCUUCCACAGGGUACCUGUCCUCGCAGCCAGCUUGUUAGUGUUACCGGGCCAGUGUUCUACACAGAAGGAGAGUAUCCCGGCUUGUAUUCUUAUGGAGCCUGGGGCUGUGAUCCCAAACCAGAGAAAGGGAAAGAGAACUGGUAUUGGUUGGUGAUGAUGACUUCCAACAACAGAUACUCCAACUACAUUCGUUUUUACUCCAGCCUGAACGCUCUCAUUAGGGGGGUGAGCGCCCCAGGAAAUGUCUAUAUCCACACCUCUAACCCAACUACCAACACCAUCCAGGGUCCAAAUAAUAUUCUGUAUGGAGGGGCUUUGUAUUACAACUGUUACAACCGAGAUGCUGUUUGUCGUUUCAACCUCACCACCAAACACGUUACUACCUUAGAACUACACCAAGGCACUAGAUAUAACUCAAAGGCUAACUUCUGCCACCUUGAGGAAUGUUACCCAUACACUGAUCUGGAUCUUGCAACAGAUGAAUCUGGUGUCUGGGUAGUCUUCACCACCUCCCUGGACUUUGGCAACAUGAUCCUGUCCAAGGUGGAGGAGGGUGAACCACCAGCACUUGGAAAGACCUGGCAAACGUCAGUGUACAAGCAGGCGGUGACCAACACCUUCAUGGCGUGCGGCGUUCUCUACGCCACACGUUACGUCAACCAAGAGCUCGAGGAGAUCUUUUACUCAUUCAAUACUGUGACGGGGAAGGAGCGGUUCAACCUAGGCAUCUUCAUCAGCAAGAUUUCUCCCAACAUUCAAGCCCUGAACUACAGCCCUGUGGACCAGACACUACAUGUCUACUCUGACUCCAACAUGGUUUACUAUAAAGUGAUUUUUGAGUAA